AUGGGGUCCCGCAGGACCCCCGUUCGCGGGGGGCAGGCCGGGCCCGCGCUGAGGGGGGUUUCCGACGGGGGGGACGGCGGCGAGGACGAGGGCCCGGUGUGGAGCUACAGCCCGGCCAGCCGCAGCUACUUGCUCAACGUGCGGCCCGAGGCCAGCUCAUCCAGCAGCCGACUCUCCCCCCCCAGCUCUGGAAGGAGCACGUUCUGCUCCAUCAUCGCCCAGCUGACCGAAGAGACCCAGCCGCUGUUCGAGACCACUCUCAAGUCCCGGUCUGUGUCCGAGGACUGCGAUGCCAAGUUCACCUGCGUCGUCAUAGGGUACCCGAAGCCAGAGGUGACCUGGUACCGAGAUGACGAGGAACUCGACCGCUACUGCGGCCUGCCCAAGUAUGAGAUCUCCCAGCGGGGUAACCGCCACACGCUGCAGCUCUACAAGUGCCGAGAGGAGGACGCUGCCAUCUACCAGGCAUCCGCCCGCAAUACCAAGGGUAUCGUGUCCUGCUCGGGGGUGCUGGAGGUGGGCACCAUGACCGAGUACAAGAUCCACCAGCGCUGGUUUGCCAAGCUGAAACGGAAGGCGGAGGCCAAGCUGCGGGAGAUCGAGCAGAGCAGGAAGCGGGGCAAGGAGGCGGCCCCCGAUGCCUGGGAUGGGGUGGCCCCCGAGGACGGGGCGCCGCGCAAGCUCAGCCCGGAUCGGUUCCAGCGCAAGAGGCGUCUCCGUGGUGCAGCAGAGCCGGACAGCCCCCCAGGGUCCGGCGGAGACGACGAGAGGGGGUCACGGGGACCUGACCCCGUGGCCAAGUCUGGCGACUCGGGUCUGGCUGGCGGCAGUCUCGUGGGCGAUCAAGUGGCCACGAACGGAGAUGCCACUCUGGACAGCGGAGAGGAGGGUGGGCGUGAGGCCGGGGGAAUCCGGGCCCACAGGCCCCUCAAGGAGUCCGUAGCCAAGAAGAAGAAGAAGGAGGAGGAGGAGAAGGAACCCGGCCGCAGGGCGGGGACCAGGCCUGGAGAGCAGAAGCAACCCCAGGCCCCAGCAUCUGGGAGCCCCGGCCCCGCAGAGAGCCGCCACCUUCCCACACCUCCCGCACCUGGCUCCCUGCGGGGCUUGGAACCCAGGAGAGCCAAGCCCCCAGAAGUGCCGGAGGCCAGGAGCACUCACCCCCGAGGGGUCGGAGUUCGGGAUUCGCCCACCCCCACCCCCACCCCACCCGGCAACAGCUACUUUUCCCUGAAGGACUUGUUCCUGGAAAGCUGCCAACCUCCUACCAACGCAGAGGAUUCAGGGAUGCCCACAGGCAUGAAGGGAGGGGGCCCCCCAGCAGCCCAGCCCCCCAGAGGAUUUAACAAGAAGAGGUUUGAGCCUCCAAAGCCUAAAGGAGAUCUGAGCCGUGAGCCCCCGUCCCGCCCUCCGCCCCGGCAGGGAGCCCAGGAGCCCCCGGCACCCCCGGUGCCCCUCGCCCCACGCGCCCCAGCCCGCCGGAGACACGGUGCCCGGGAGAGCCCCUCGCUAGAGCGGCCGGCCCCCAGCGCCUCUCGGGAGGGUCAUCCCUGCAUCAUUUCUGUACCCUUCCCAGGCUUCUGUGGAUCUCAGCAGGCUAUGAGUGUGGGGGAGAGGCAAGAGCAGAAUUUGGGGGUCCAGAGAGCAUGUAGGAGGAGAAUAGAGGCCGUACUGGACUGCAAAAAGUGGACCAAGGGAGAAGGAGGCAACCGGGAGAACAGUGACUCCAUGGAUACAGAUGCCCAUCUGGACGGGAGGAUACAAGCAAACAGGAGACCACACUCAGACCCUAAACAAGGGGGCACGAGAGCACAGGUGGACAAGAAAUCCCAGGUGGGCACGAGGAUGCAGGCGGAUGAGAAACCCCAGACAGACGUGAGAACACAAGAGGAAGUGAGGACUCAAGUGGAUGAGAAACCCAAGAUGGACACGAGGAUGCAGGAGGACACAAGGAUGCAAGUGGAGAAGAAACCACCAGUGAACUUGAGGACGCAAGAGGACACGAAAAGGCAGAUGGAUGAGAAACCCUCGGUGGACGGGAGGACGCAAGAGGACAUGAGGACUCAGGUGGAUGAGAAACCCCCGGUGGAUAGGAGGACACAAGAGGACAUGAAGACACAAGCACAUAAGGCCGACACAAGCACACGGGACGGGACACCACAGUCUGAUGUGAAACAGGCCGAAGGGAGACCACAGGCAGAUGAGAAACCACACAAGAACCCCAAAGCACGAUCAGAAGGGGAGAGCUUCACCAACUCCCAGGGCCGAGCUCCUGGCUUCCCAGGCUCAGGAGUCCCUGGAUCUCCUCUGAGUCCUGGGCAUUUUCCAGAGUGCCCCAGCCCUGACUCUGCCCCUACUAGGCCCAUUGUGGCAGAGAAUCCUGCCCCCAACUCUUUCGAGGGAGACUCUCUGGACCGUCCAGCUGGGAUCUCCGUACGCCCAGCUCUCCCCUUCUCUGCAGGACAGAUGGACCCAGCUCAGUCCCAGCUGGCUGAGGGCAGGCCGCCCCAGCCAACUCCGGGCGUUAGCCUUGUCGCUGGAGGGAGGGAGCUCAGCCUGACUGGAGAGGUGGGCAGGCCUCCCUCUUCUGACACCCAUCUCUCAGCCCUGGGCCCCGAGCCUCUGAAAAGCGAGGAAGGGCUGGGCCCCGGGCAUCCCACCCCCAUGGACCUGGCUUCCCACCAGCCCCCGGAGGCCUGUGCCCAGGGUGGGUCUGCUCUGCCACAGCUGCAGGGGCCUGGAAGCCCAGCCCCGGAGGAGGGAGGGCAGUGCCAAGGGAGCCCGCGGGCCCCAGAGUCCAAGGAGGCUGACAGCUGCCUCAUUGAUUCGCUGAAGAAUUACCUGCUCCUGCUGUUGAAGCUGUCCAGCGCUGGACCCCCAGACUCAUACCAGGGGGGCUCCCAGGUGGGAGCGAGGCCGGAGGGCCUGCAGACCCCUGCGCCUGGGCCGCCCGCCCCCCAGCACAGCCUGUGCCCGACCGUGGAGGUCGCUGGCCUGAGUCCCCGGACGUCCCGCAGGAUCCUGGAGCGUGUGGAGAACAACCACCUGGUGCAGAGCGCCGAGACCCUCUGCCUGAGCCCCCGCACCUCCCGCCGGCUCACCGGGCUACUCCACCAAGAGCUGCAGGCCGGCCACCAGGCGCUCGCCCUGGGGAGGGGGUCGGGAAGGGGCCCCGCACCCCUCACCAUCCCGGACAUCGUGGUGGGAGAGGAGGCCCCGCCUCAGGACCUGGAGAGGGAAGAUCUGGCAUCCUCAGGAGAGGGCGGGGUGUGGGAAGUCCCUGGGGAGGGUGAGGAGCUUGGGCCCUUCUUGGAGAAGGAGCGGGAGACCCCUGAUGUGGGGGAGAGCAGGGAGCAGGAAAUUCCUGGGGCUGGGGAGAGCAAGGAGAAGGAGGUUCCCGAGGUGGGGGAGAGCAAGGAGAAGGAGGUCCCUGGGGAUGGCAAGAGCAAGGAGAAGGAAGCUCCUGGAGCCGGGGAGAGCAGGGAGCAGGAGUCCCCUGGGGUAGGAGAGAGUGGGGAGCAAAAGGCCCCUGGUGCUGGGGAGAAGGGGGAGCUGGAGGAGGGCAGGCUGGAGGUUCCAGGAGCCACCCCCGAGGAGCUUGCCCUGGGAGCUCGGCGCAAAAGAUUCCUCCCACGGGCCAAGCCGGCUGGGGAGUUGGAGGCAGAAGAAAAAGAGAAGGGCAGCCCCUCGACCUCCCCCCGCGGGACCAGGAAGAGCCAGGCCCCAGGGUCCUCACCGGCUCCUGCAGCCCCGGGACGGUCCCCGACCCAGAACAGAAAGCUUGUGACCCUGGAGGUGCCACGGGCAUUCGAGGAGCCUGCGGGCCCGGGUGGCGACGGCGAUGGCCCCGAGGGCGGCAGGGCACCGGACACGGAGCCGGCCCCAGGAGGCCCCGAGCAUGGGCAGGACGCUCCGGAAGCCGAGCCCAAAAAAACCAAAGACCCUUUUAAAGCCCCCCAGGUGAUCCGGAAGAUCCGGGUGGAGCAGUUUCCGGAUGCAUCAGGCAGCUUGAAGCUCUGGUGCCAAUUCUUCAACAUCCUCGGGGACUCCGUCCUCACCUGGACCAAGGACUCGCGGCCUGUGGCUGAAGUUGCGAGAAGCGCCGGCGACGAGGGGCCAGCAGCCUUGGCCAUAGUGCAGGCUUCGCCGCAGGACUGCGGACUCUACCGGUGCUCCAUCCGCAACGAGCAUGGCGCCGACUCCACUGAUUUCCGACUCAGCCCCGACGUGCUGGCGGGCCUCGUCUCCAGGGAAGAGGCAGAGGUUGGAGAAGAAAUCGAGAUGACGCCCAUGGUGUUCGCCAAGGGACUGGCCGACUCCGGCUGCUGGGGGGACAAACUGUUCGGGCGGCUGGUGAGCGGGGAGCUGUGCGGCGGCGGGGCUGGGGGCGGCCUGCGCAAGGCCUCCCGAGCCAAGGUCAUCUAUGGCCUGGAGCCGAUCUUCGAGUCGGGCCGCACCUGCGUCAUCAAGGUCCCCAGCCCGCUUGUGUUCGGGCCAGGCAGCGACAGCUCCCUGCUGGGAAGGAAUUAUGACGCCACCAUCCAGGGGUGUAAGAUCCAGAACAUGAGUCGCGAAUACUGCAAGAUCUUUGCAGCGGAGGCCCGGGCUGCGCCAGCCUUCGGCCAGGUGCCAGAGAUCAUCCCCCUGUACCUCAUCUACCGUCCGGCCAACACCAUCCCCUACGCCACGCUGGAGGAGGACCUGGGGGCGCCGCUGGCACCCUACUGUGCACGGGAGUCGGGGUCUCAGGAGGGGCCUGAGGGAUCAGAGGCUGCGCUCAAGUGUCAGACCUUCCAGCACUGGCUGUACGAGUGGACAAAUGGAGGCUUCCUGGUCACAGACCUAGCCGGUGUGGGCUGGAAGACAACCAACGUGCAAAUCGCCACAAGACUGAGAGGGUAUCAAGGCCUCAAGGAGAGCUGCUCUCCGGCCCUGCUGGACCAGUUUGAGUCAACGCACCAGUGCAGCCCCCAUUGCCGGAUGCUGGGGCUGCAGCCUUUGAGGGGCCCCGAGUCGGCCCACUCGCUGGCCAAAUCCAGGGGCCCCAAGAGCCCGUCCCAGGGCCGUAGGGGUCAGUCGACCCAGUCGAGCCCCCAGCUCCAGAAGAAAGGCCUGGCCAGCCCCCAGGGCUCCCGCAAGAGCGGCCUGAGCCCCAAGGCCGCCCGGAAGGCCUCCGAGGCGGCCGGCCGGCCCGACCCCCCUGACGACAGGGGAGCCGAGGCCCAGGGCCUGCGCUAAGCCAGACUGGAGCUGGGAGCCUCCACCCAGGAAGCGGGAAGCAGCUCCAACCAGCUGGAAGACCCAUGCCCAGUGUGCCCGGCUCCCGCCCUGGGCGGGGGCCGGGGGCAGUCGGGGGGCUUGUCGCAGGGUAGCAGCCUCCUCGCUGUCCUUGGGCAUUGGAGUGGGCGGUAUGGGUGAAAAUGCUCCAACCAGCCCCACAGGAGCCGGGACCCUGAGGAAGGACAUGUGGCAGGAGUGGGCAGGAUGGAACCGACUGAGGACUCAGGGAAUGAGGAACUGGGCACGGAGCCUUCCGCUUCCUCCAGGUCUAAGGGGCACAAGGGGAGGCGCAUAUGACUCGAGGGCCCUGGAGGUGCCAGGCUGACGUGAGCGCGUGCCCGGCCUUCCAGUGCCACCGGUGACUACGUUUACAGUAGGUUUUCCCCAGCUCUCCGCUUAGACCCUCGGGCAGCCCUCGCUGGAGUCAAGCCCCAUCGUGUGGGAAUUUCUAUGCCUGGUGAGGGAGCCCGUUCCUUCCCCGUCCCCUGCCUGAGACCCUUCCCUCUCCAGAGCUCACACCUGGGCCCCAGGCGCCUCCCCAAAUCACUCCACCUGGUCUAUUUAGGAUGGACCUGGGGGUCUCACCCCCAGAUGUUCUUCCCUAGAUGUUUUGUUGCACCUGAUCCAGCAGUUCCUCUACCUCUCGCUGGUUUCUUGCUCCUGCCCAGCCACCGUUUGUCUUGUUGUGACUUGGAUAACCAUGGGCAUUCUCUUCCCCGGGAUUCCCUGCCUAAACCCUCCGGCUUAACGCUCCAGCCCCAAGCAGUAGUUCUUGUUGCCUUGCCUGCUCUUUCUUUCCCCCCAUGGCUUGGCUCUCUCUUCUCCCUGAGUGGGCUCCCCUGCCUCAAUAGCCUUCUGUAGACCCCCACAUUCUGUCUCUUCCUUUCCUCAUCUUUCUGUGGCUCGGGUGAGUCUACCCUCGCCCAACAAGGGCCUGGGCUUUGGAUCUGUGGCCGCUCUGCCCCCAGGGUCGGCGAGGGGGCCGUUCUGUUAUGGGGAAGGAGGUAACCUGAUUCUAGGCUCCAUCCUGGCCCGAGCCCUACCCCUUCCUGGGAGUCUCCCCGUGCCAGGCGGGUUGAGACGACACUGCCCCAGGGCCCGCAUGCUCCGCUUUGAGUGCAAUAAACAUAGAGUGUACAC